CGGAGCGCGGCCGCGGAGCGCAUGGAGCGGCGGCGGUGGGUGCCCCUGGCCCUGCUGGGGCUGGGGUUGUGCUGGGCGGCGGCGGCCGAGCGCCACACCGUCUUCUGGAACAGCUCCAACCCCCGGUUCCUGGCGAGCGACUACACGGUGGAGGUGCGUCUCAACGACUACCUGGAUAUUAUCUGCCCCCACUACGAGGAGGGGAGCGUGGACCCCCGCGCCAUGGAGCGCUACACGCUCUACCUGGUGGAGCCCGAGGAGUUCCAGGCCUGCAAGCCCCGAUCCAAGGAGCAGAUCCGUUGGGAAUGCAACAAACCCAGCGCCUUGCACGGCCCGGAGAAGUUCUCGGAGAAGUUCCAGCGUUUCACCCCCUUCACGCUGGGCAAGGAGUUCAAAGAGGGGCACAGCUACUACUACAUCUCCAAGCCCAUUCACCACCACGGCGAAGCGUGCCUGAAGCUGAAGGUGACGGUGGCUGGCAAAGGCACUCAGGCACCGCCUGCCCCGGCUGCUACCCCGAGGGGGAGGAUCCAGGCAGACGACGCGGCUGCCCAUGUGCUGAGGAGCGUGGGGCAGAACUCGGCCAUGCGGGGCAGCAGCCCCUUCACCUUCGUCAGCCUCCUCCUGCCCCUCCUGGUGCCGCAGGGGCUGUGAGCCGACCCCCCCCCACGGGGCCCGGAUGGACCAAGGCUGUGGCGGAUGCUGGGGACCCCCCCUGUGUCUUGGGGCGCGCCGUGGGGCGGGCUGAGGAAAGGAUUUGUCAGUAUUAGAGGGCCCAGAGGGGCCAGUAGCCCGAGCCCUGGGCCACCCUGGCUUCCCCGGCCCUUGCCGGGGACUGAGUGCCACCGAGGGGCUGCGUGCCCGGACCGGAGGGGCGCGGGGGGCUGGCACCCCCGCCCCGGGAGCUGAGACCGUGGGGUGUCUGUCUCUCCCCUGUGGGCUCGGACUGUGACGUGUCCCGCAGGCGGGGAUGCGGUGCUGGCCCUGUGGCCGCCGGGUGCCAACGGUGCCCUGGGGCUGUUGUCCCUUGGCGUCACCUGGCUCCGAGAGCCUGGAUGUGCUCCAUAUUUUUUUUUCUUUUUUUUUUUUUUCCGGCAGCUACGGAUCGGGGCCAUGGAACCCCCCCCCUUUUCCCCAUCCCUUGUCCCACUCAAAGGGGGACAGAGAGAGCUGCCCCCCCCCCCCUUCCCCUCUGCAGGGUGCCAGAGGGGCCCCCCGCUGUUCCACCAGCACCCUGCGCGGGGUGUUUCGUCCCCCUCC